AUGUGGUCUGCGCUCCUUGAGGAGAAGCUGGCCAUGAAUGCAGGCGGUCGUGUCCUGGAUAUCGUCGAGGCCAGGAUUGUAUCGAGCGCUGGAUACGACCGCGAUGCGUUUGCUGUCGUAGGCUUGUCCUUAGACGAAUGUGUCGUCCCCGUCUUCGAAGAGAUCAAUGUUCAUGAGGGGAAAGAGGACAUAUGA